CCGGGACCGGGUCGGGGUUGCGGCCGCGGGCGGCGACACCACCAGCACCGAGCCCGGGGCAGGCCGGGCGGCGCGGCGCCCCUGGAGAGUCCAUCCGUAGCCAGUUCUGAAGAGACCACUUUCCAGCUAAAGAUGGCUGCUGAUACCCCUGUUGAUAUUCUUCAAAAAGUUCUGGAGAAUGAAAUACUUCAGUCAACCAAGGUUGUGGAAGAACAUCUGGAUGCUGAAAUACAGAAGCUGGACCAAAUGGAUGAAGAUGAAUUGGAACGCCUUAAACAGAGGAGGCUUGAGGCCCUAAAAAAGAGCCAGCAGCAGAAACAAGAGUGGCUUUCAAAAGGACAUGGAGAAUACAGAGAAAUCCCAAGUGAGAGAGACUUUUUCCAAGAAGUCAAAGAAAGUAAAAAUGUUGUUUGCCAUUUCUAUAGAGAUACAACAUUCAGGUGCCAAAUAAUGGACAAACAUUUGACUGUAUUGGCAAAAAAGCACAUUGAGACAAAAUUCUUGAAAUUAAAUGCUGAAAAAUCUCCUUUCUUGUGCGAGAGACUGCGCAUCAAAGUAAUUCCCACUCUAGCACUAAUAAAAGAUGGAAAAACACAGGACUACGUCGUGGGCUUUACUGACCUCGGUAACACUGAUGACUUCACUACAGAAACUUUAGAAUGGAGAUUAGGCUGCGCAGAUGUAAUUAAUUACAGUGGAAACUUGAUGGAGCCACCUUUUCAAAGUCAAAAGAAAUAUGGAACAAGCUUUACAAAGCUGGACAAGAAGACCAUCAGAGGAAAGAUAUAUGAUUCAGAUUCUGAUGAUGACUAGAAGAGCCGCUAAAUAUAUUUAAAAAUUGUUUGCUUUGUGCUGAAGGACCCUUUUGAAAUGGUACUUCGAACCCAAUUGGUCCAAAUAGCAGUGAAGUGGGUCUAGCCAGUCUUGCUGCCUUGUAGUAGAGAACACUUGUGAUUGGGCCAGCCCAGCAAUAUAUCUCUUUAAGUCUAAAAAAUUAUAUUUUAUUUCUGUUCAUGUACAUUGAAAUAAAAUUAUUUUAAUUCUAA